AUGCCUUUUGGUUUGAAGAAUGCGGGAGCCAUGUAUCAGCGAGCAAUGAACCUAAUCUUCCAUGACAUCUUAGGGAAGAUUCUAGAGGUUUAUAUAGAUGACGUAGUCAUUAAAUCCAAGCAGCGGUGUAAUCACAUUGCGGAUUUGCGAAAGAGAGGCAUUGAAGUAUCAGAAGAUAAAGCUAAAGCAGUUAUCAAUGCCUCACCACCGCGAACAAAGAAGGAGUUGCAAAGGUUGUUGGGAAAAAUCAAUUUCCUACGACGGUUUAUAUCCAAUUCCACCGGCAAGAUUCAGCCUUUUUCUGCUCUACUAAAGCUGCAAGGACAAACAGAAUUUGUGUGGGAAGUGAAGCAUCAAGAGGCCUUUGAUAGCAUAAAGGCCUACCUAGCCAACCCACCUGUUCUCGUUCCUCCGAAACCGAACCAACUGCUCAAACUCUACAUCUCAGCGGCAGAAGCUUCAAUAGGCAGCCUGCUGGCGCAAAAUGACGAAGCUGGAGUGGAGCAUGCCAUCUUCUACUUUAGCAGAACGUUAACAGAUUGCGAAACUAGGUACACACCAAUGGAAAAGCUAUGUUUAACGUUAUACUUCUCUGCAUGUAAGCUGCGCAACUACAUGUUGUCAUUUACUACAUGCAUAAUCGCUCAGACCGAUCUGGCUGUGAAGGGUCAAGCUAUCGCGGAUUUUCUAGCACAUCAUCCCAUGUUGGAUGCUCCAGAGCUUCGCGAGCUGGAGGUCGCGGCAAAUUUAUGGGGAAUGGCAUGUCAUAUACAUUGCUGCAAACCUUUCACCGUUAGCCAGGCAGCAGUCAUGUUACAGCCGUGGGUAUUGUACUUUGAUGGUUCCCGAACAGAUACCAUGGCCGGAGCCGGAAUCGCACUGGAGAACCCGGCUGGAGAUCACUUCUCGUACUCAUUCCAGUUGGAGUUUCAAUGUACCAACAACCAGGCAGAAUAUGAGGCCUUAAUCAUAGGCCUAGAAGUACUGCUGGAAAUAGGAAUCAGAGAUGUACAAAUACUUGGCGAUUCUCUCUUGGUUAUCAAUCAGUUGUGCAAUGAGUUCAGAUGCAAUAGCUUCACGUUGGUCCCUUAUUGGAACAGGACAUUAGAACUGUUGGACCAAUUUGAUAACGUACACCUUGAGCACAUUCCUCGCGAGCGAAAUUUUGCCGCGAACGAGUUGGCCCAGCUGGCAACAGGGGUAACAUUGAGAUAUGGCGUGCGGGAGAGAAUCCUUAAAGUCGAGCGUCGUACGCUUCCUUCAUGGAUGGCGAGAAGAGAUACUCCAGACGAUACCUCAGUCGCGACCCUGGAAUCCAUUGACGUGGAUUGGCGCAUCCCUUUGAUCAAUUAUCUCAAGCAUCCUGAUCAGACCACGGAUAGAAGGAUUCACUAUCUUGCCCUCAACUACUUCCUCAGAGGUGAUGAACUUCGCAGACGAGGAGAAGAUAGCGUGGAUUUCAGAUGUGUUUAUGGCCGCGAAGCGAAACAACUCAUGUCCAAAGAUGCGAUGGUUGCUCAGACGACAUGGAUAUUUUUGGCCCAGUAUCUUGAAGGAUUGUAUCACGUUCGCUAA